AUGGAAAAAACUCUUACUGAUGAAGAUAAAAAGAUUAUUAUUAGUCUUGAACCCAAUAAACCUAAAGGUCCAUUUCCCAAGGAUUCGAACCAAAAUGAUCGCAGUUUUAGUGAGAGUUAUUAUUCUUCUACUACAAAAUACGGCCCUGUCAAUCGUCUUUGGCUGUGCUAUUCAACUGUACUAGAUGCAGCCUAUUGUGAAUCUUGUUGGCUUUUCUCAAAAUUGUGCAGUCACUGGAGUAAGGGCUUAAGAGAUUGGAAACAUUUAUCAUCACGCAUUGAAGAGGACAGUAAAAGCAAAGCUCAUAUUGAAGCUUGCUCUGUUCACGACCUUUGGAGAAAAAAUCGUGCCAUUGACAAGAACCUAGAAGAAGAGUUAAAAGAUCAUUCUGCUGGAGGAACGGCUCAAGAAGUUUUAAAUAUACUAAAAAAUCUAGAUAUUUCCAUUGAAAAAUGUUAUGGGCAAGGCUACGAUGGAGUCAGGGUAAUGAGUGGGGCUUAUAAUGGAGUAAAUGCUUAAAUAAAAAGAAUUCAACAAAAUGCCGAAUAUGUACAUUGUGCAAGUCACAACUUAAAUUUAGUAAUAAAUGAUGCCGUAAAUUGUUGUAAAGAGGUCUAGCAAUAUUUUGCCACUUUUCAAAAUAUAUAUUCUUUUUUUGGUUUAAGUAUCAAUAGAUGGGAUCUUUUAGCUUCUUUUACCAGUAAAUCCAAA